UGUUAUUGUGUGAGCGUUUUGGAAAAUUGCGAGCGUAUGAAUUAGUUGCCAUCAUUUUAAAGAGUUAAUGUAUAACCUAUUUGCUUUCUGUGCUACUCGAAAGACUGUUUGUAGACGAGCUGCAACCAGCAGGCUCAUGGUGGGCUUCAGGAAGUGGUACUACAAUGCAUGCGGUUUCAACAGACUUGGCUUGAUGCGGGAUGAUACCAUCAAUGAGGACAGUGAUGUGAAAGAAGCCAUUCGUCGGCUCCCAGAACAAGUUUACAAUGACAGAAUGUUCCGCCUCAAGAGAGCUCUGGAUCUUUCAAUGAAACAACAGAUUCUUCCCAAGGACCAGUGGACUAAACAUGAGGAGGAUGUGCAUUACCUUGAGCCCUAUCUGGAGGAGGUUGUUCAUGAAAGGAAGGAAAAAGAGGAGUGGGCGAAGAAGUAGGAUGCAUGUGAUGAGACUAAAGCUCAUUAUUGGUGUGAUGUCUGGUGUCUUGUAUUUAAGAGAAAAUGUAUUAUGUGAUGAGUCCCUAUACUUAUUAAAAUUUCCUUUCUGAUA